UGACCAAAUCACCAUCGCCGAUAUCCUCCACAUCAAACGAGUGGCGGCUGAAACUCUAAAUACACAUAUUUCAGAUUCAUCAUCUUCUUCUCUCUCUCUCUCUCUCUCUCUCUGCAUAACCAUGAAGGCUCUUCAGGCAUCAACCUCCUACUGUAUUGGUAUCGCUUCCUCCAUUCCAUCUCCAAAGCGUUCUUCCCGUCAUCACAACAAUAGAGUCUACGCACAAGUUGAACCUACAGAUAAGUCUGUUGAGAUACUGAGGAAGUUCUCAGAGCAAUAUGCACGGAAAUCUGGUACUUAUUUUUGUGUUGACAAGGGUGUCACUUCUGUUGUUAUCAAGGGAUUAGCCGAACAUAGAGAUACGUUGGGUGCACCACUUUGUCCUUGUAGACAUUAUGACGACAAGGCUGCUGAGGUGAGCCAAGGCUUUUGGAAUUGCCCAUGUGUUCCCAUGAGAGAAAGGAAAGAGUGUCACUGCAUGCUAUUCCUAACCCCUGAGAAUGAUUUUGCUGGCCAGGAUCAGACCAUUUCUCUUGAAGAAAUUCGAGAAACAACCGCAGAUUUGUAAUCAUCUUUUGUAUUAAAUUAUGCACAUGCUCUGAGCAUGUAAAACUGGGGAACAAUGUAAAUGUAUGUUUCUUUUAGUAAUAACAAGUAUGAUUGCAACCUUAAUAAUA